AUGUGGGAGACCUUGUUCCCCUACGUCAGAGACAACGUCAGGGACUACCUGCGCGCCCACUGGGAGGAGGAGGAGUGCCAGCGGGACGUCGGCCUCCUGAGGAAGCAGGCCCAGGAGGACGCCGGGCUGGACGGAGCCGUGCCCAUCCCCUUGGAGAGCGGCAGCGGGGACGAGGAGCUGGAGCGGGUGAUCCAGGCUGUGGUGGACAACGUGCUCUGGCAGAUGGCUCUGGACAGAAAGACCACGGCGCUCAAACAGCUGCAGGGACACAUGUGGCGGGCAGCCUACACCACGGGGCACGUGAAAGGAGAGGUCUUCGAGGACGUGGUGCCAGCCAUCCGCAAGUGGAGGGAAGCCGGCAUGAAGGUCUACAUCUACUCCUCAGGCAGCGUUGAAGCCCAGAAGCUUCUGUUCGGAUACUCUACAGAAGGUGAUAUCCUAGAGCUCUUCGAUGGCCACUUUGAUACCAAAAUAGGCCCCAAGGUAGAAAGCGAGAGCUACAGGAGGAUCGCCGCGAGUAUAGGAUGCGCCACGAACAACAUCCUCUUCCUGACCGACGUCCCUCGAGAAGCGAACGCAGCCGAGGAAGCAGACGCUCACGUGGCUGUGGUGAUCAGACCUGGCAACGCAGGACUGACGGACGAUGAGAAAUCCUAUUACAGCCUCAUCUCAUCUUUCACUGAACUUUUCCUGCCUUCCUCCACUUAG